ACUUCAUAAAGAAAGGACGGUGUCAGUGGACAUAGAAAUAUUAACAAUGUUAGGCUUGUGUUAUUGCUUUAUGUAUACAGAACAGUUAAAAUAGGUUUGAGGAGCGACUCACACAGGUUAAUGUACAUUUAAGAAUUGAGUGAAGUGGAAACAUUAUUUAAAGAUAUUUUGGUAGUCUUUGGAAAGUUCGAAAUAAUGACGUGGAGUUCCAUGUGUAUGUAUUUGAAAAUAGCAGUUGCAAUAUUUAUAAUACUGCUUUUUGUAGUCAUGGUACUGGCUGCAAUUGGAAAGUCGCUUGGAGUAAGAGAAAAAUAUGUAGAAAUACUUUUAUGGGCUUUUGAGUAUGGACGAGAAAAGAUUGAAAAGGCAGAGAGAAAGAACAAUAAGAAGGAUUCAAGUGAAGUUGAAGACGAGUUCUCAGAAAGAAACAGUUAUUCAACAUCAGUAAUUAGCCGAGCUGUCAAGCUUCACCCAGAGUCCCCAGGACCACGUAAGUUUUCUAGAACAAUGAGUCGGACUUUGGAGACCCUUAAUAGAGAAUUUCAGUUAGAUGAUGCUAUGGAGUUUGUGAAAGCUGGAAUGGAGGCCAUAAUUGAGGAUGAAGUAACACAAAGAUUUUCUGCUGAAGAGCUUCCAUCAUGGAACUUACUGACGAGAACAAACAAGAACUACAUGUACAUAAAUUUGAAAGUGACAGUGAUGUGGGGACUUGGGUUUUGCUUGAGAUACUUAAUUCUCCUACCAGGGAGGCUUAUCCUGUUUUUUAUGGGUGUUGGGCUGCUUACUGUGUUCACUGCAGCAAUUGGAUGUGUUCCAGGUGGAAAUGACAGGCUAAAACGGUGGAUGUAUUGGCAUAUAAGUUUGAUGUGCUUCCGUAUUUUGUCUCAAGCCAUUUCAGCAGUUGUCAAGUACCACAACAGUGAAAACAGAGCGAAAGGAGGUGGAAUCUGUGUGGCCAAUCACACUUCACCUAUUGACGUUGUUAUGCUUGCUAGUAACAAUUGUUAUGCCUUGGUUGGACAACGACAGGGAGGGUUCUUAGGAUUCUUGCAGAGAGCUUUAGGACGAGCAACUGCACACAUUUGGUUUGAACGAUUUGAAACCAAGGACAGAACUCUUGUAACUCAAAGAUUGAAAGAACAUGUAGAAAAUCCAGAAAAACUUCCAAUUCUAAUAUUUCCAGAAGGGACAUGUAUCAAUAAUACAUCAGUAAUGAUGUUUAAAAAAGGCAGCUUUGAAGUUGGAGGGAUAAUUUAUCCUGUUGCAAUUAAAUAUGACCCAAGGUUUGGGGAUCCUUUCUGGAACAGCAGCAAACAAAGUUAUGUUCACUAUCUGUUAAUGAUGAUGACAUCAUGGGCUAUAGUUUGUGACGUUUGGUAUCUUCCACCAAUGACCCGAGGGGAAGGUGAAACAGCUGUAGAUUUUGCUAACAGAGUGAAGAGUGAAAUUGCUCAUCAAGGUGGUUUAGUUGAUCUUGUGUGGUAUGUUCAUUAA